AUGGCUCAGGAAAAGACACAAGACGUCAAAAUUAUCGUGGCUGGUCUUCCACGCACUUCAACAACAAGUCUCAAAAAAGGCCUCGAGAUUCUUGGUAUCAGCCCAUGCUUCCAUCUCGGUGAUCCUCCAGCUCCCAUUGCACGCGUCAAGGAGAGUGCCCGCGUACUCGCUAUCCAAGACCGCAAUGAGAGACUCAAGGCACUCAAGAAGCUCUAUGAUGGCUUCGAGGCCGUCUUUGAGCCGCCUGCCAGCACAUUGGUCGACGACAUGCUGACAAUCUACCCCAACGCAAAGGUCAUUCUAUCUGUACGCAAAAAUCCCCAGGUCUGGCUUGCUUCCUACCACGGAUUGGGCAUCGAUCUGCGCUCCUCUUGGUAUCGCAUCCUCGGGUAUUGGGUUCCUGGGGUAAUCCAUUCGAGCGAUCUCUUCGUUGCCUGGGACAAGUUCUAUUCUACAAAGUUUGGCCUAAAGCAGGUUCCCUGCGAGGAGCUGUACAAUAAGCACAACCAGUGGGUACACGACAUGGUGCCGCCUGGCCAACUCCUUGAGUACCAACCAAGCAUGGGAUGGGAGCCCUUGGCGGAAUUCUUGGAUAAACCUGUACCUGUGGGUCAGUCUUUUCCACGUGUGAACGAAGCUGCCUUUCUACGGAAUGUCAAGAAGACUGCCAUGGCUGUAGGAUCAGUAAUGUGGCUCUGUUUAUUUGCCGGCUUGUAUUUCGGCGCCUGCUUUGCUUGGCGCAAGUACGCUUACUUGUUAUAG